AUGUCAACAAGUGGUGAGUAUCCGCCUGUUAGAUAAUGUUUCAAUCAAUACUGCCCCAGUUCUUUUGAUUUAAAAGUAGCCAAAUUUUCAGAUUCAACAAUCCUAUUAUGCGGUACUUGCUAUGAACUUUACAAGAGAAGAAAAUGUUGCUAUUUUUGUGCUUAAGUUUAUAAGGAUGAUGAAUAAAAUUUUUUAGAUGGUAAAAAAUGGGUUUAAUGUGACAAUUAACGUUGUGGAAAAUGGGUAUAAAAAUUAUCAAGAUAUUAUUAGACACACAUUGAUUGUGAAGUAUCUGACAUUGAAUCGUAAUUAUAACAUAAAAGUUUCAAAUAUAAAUGUCCUUGGUGUAGAAUUGAGAAAGAUAAAAAGAAAAAAUAGUCACAGCUUACAAAAUCAUUAAUAAAUUAAGAUUUAGCAGAUUAGUCAGAUUAAGAUCCAGAAUAUAUACAUUCUUCUAUUAAAAAAAUCUACUUAGAAGAAACUAGUAUUUAAUAGAUCUUCGAACCUUGGUUGAAAAAAAAUACUUUCUUAGAAGAAUUAUUAAAAAAAAAUGGUUUCUUAUCAUUUUAUAAUUAGGUGAAUUUACUUAAUGUAUAAACUAAGAAGAACUGUAAAGCGACUUAAGCAAAAUGAGGACUUUACUAAAAAAAUGA